AUGAAUCGCCUGCUGGAUCAACUUCGUCGAUUUGUCUUCGACAAUCAGAGGGCCGACCCGGCUAACACCUCGGAACUCGUGACACGCACGCUGCAGUAUGCGAACGUCUAUCUCGGUCGCGCUGUCGCUCACAUGUCGGAAGACUCGCCAACGUGGUGGAGGGAUUUCUGCGCCGACACCGAGGCAAUCGAGUACAGGUCGAUCGAAUGGCUGCUCGCGCUGCAGACUCUCACAGCCACAGCCCAAUCUCAACCUGCUCCACUGCGCGCGCCUCCACAGACCGAUCAACCACGGCGCGCGCAAAACAGCCGCCCCCAGGCUAUGCCGGACAACAUCCAAGCCCUGGUGCCUAGUCGUUCAGACGGUACGGAGCCAUGCCUGCGCUUCUUCGGCGGCGGCAUGUGCACCGGAGGAGACCGCUGCGCGUACUCAUUCCGCACGCACACGUGGGAUGGCCCACUACCCAGAGACCUAGUAUCGUGCAUUACCAGGCAGUACGGCACCACCCGCCGCGGUCAUCACGGCCCUCGCCGCCCCUGA